GUGUCUUGCCACGACAGUAAAUACAAACGUUUUACGGCAAGCGUGUAUUUGUGGAAAGCUUGUUUUUAGCCGUGGAAUCGACUGCUGAAGUUUACGCUCAUAGUUAUCUUAUUUCUGUAACCCUGAGACAUGGAUGUCGGAGAGCUCCUGAACUAUCAGCCUGAUCGUGGAGCAAAGCGUCCCAGGGACGAGGAUGGAGGAGCAGCGGGAGGAGAUGAGGACUCCAGAGGAGGGAAGCAGCAGAAAGGGCUGAGUGCCAGGGAGUUGGCCAGAUACAGAGAAGCAGCAGCAGCAGGAUUAGGGAUUGAAGGAGGGGGUGAAAUGAGGGACACUGAAGACCUGACUGGGGACAAGAAGAAGAUCCUGGAGAAACUCAUGGAUCAGGAUGAAGACGAACCUGAGGCAGAGCCGGUGGAUGAGAGUUCAGUGAAGAAAAUGAUCCUGACCUUUGAGAAAAGGUCGUACAAAAAUCAGGAACUGAGGAUUAAGUUUCCGGACAACCCAGAGAAGUUCAUGGAAUCGGAGCUGGAUCUGAACGACAUCAUCCAGGAAAUGCACGUGAUCGCCACAAUGCCAGACCUCUACCAUCUGCUGGUGGAGCUUAAUGCCGUCCACUCACUGCUGGGCCUCCUCAGUCACGAAAACACUGAUGUUGCCAUAGCAGUGGUGGACCUGCUGCAGGAGCUGACGGAUAUCGACACACUCCAGGAGAGCGAGGAGGGGGCCGAGGUCCUCAUAGAUGCUCUGUUGGAGGGUCAGGUGGUGGCCUUGCUGGUGCAGAAUAUGGAGCGGCUGGAUGAACAGGUGAAGGAGGAGGCUGACGGCAUCUAUAACACACUGGCUAUCAUAGAAAAUAUGGCGGAGUUCAGACCAGGCCUGUGCACCGAGGCAGCUCAGCAGGGACUCAUGCAGUGGCUGCUCAAGAGAAUCAAGGCAAAGAUGCCGUUUGAUGCUAACAAGUUGUACUGCAGUGAGAUCCUGGCUAUCUUACUGCAAAACAAUGACAAUACCAGAGAAUUAUUGGGAGAGAUGGAUGGCAUUGAUGUGUUACUGCAGCAACUAUCUGUGUUCAAACGUCACAACCCGUCCACAGCCGAGGAGCAGGAGAUGAUGGAGAACCUCUUCGACGCUCUGUGUUCCUGCCUCAUGCUGGCAGCCAAUCGGGACCGUUUCCUCAGAGGGGAAGGGCUUCAGCUAAUGAAUCUCAUGCUUAGAGAAAAGAAAAUGUCUCGAACCAGCGCCAUGAAGGUCCUGGACCACGGGAUGAUCGGACCAGAGGGAGCAGAUAACUGUCAUAAGUUCGUGGACAUCCUGGGCUUGCGAACCAUCUUUCCACUCUUCAUGAAAACCCCGAAGAAGAUGAAGAAAACAGGUGCUUCAGAGAAGGAGCAUGAAGAACACGUCAGCUCGAUCAUCGCCUCCAUGCUGAGAAAUCUCAAGUCCCAACAGAGAAGCCGACUCCUCAACAAGUUCACAGAGAACGACUGCGAGAAGGUUGAUCGACUGAUGGAGAUGCAUUUUAAGUACCUGGAGGCUGUUCAACAGGCUGACAAGAGGAUCGAAGGAGAGAAACACGAGAUGGUUCGUCGGGGGGAGAUCCUAGAUGACGGCAUGGAAGAUGAGUUCUACCUUCGCCGUCUGGACGCCGGACUGUUCGUCCUUCAGUUGAUCUGCUAUAUUAUGGUGGAGAUCAGCAACUCGGGGAUAUCACAGCUGCAGCAGAGGGUCCAUCAGAUUCUCAACCUAAGAGGAGGCUCCGUCAAAGUAGUGCGACACAUCAUGAGAGAGUACGCCGAGAGCAUCGGAGAUGGGAAGAGUGACGAGUUCAAAGAGGCCGAGCGGAAGAGGAUCAUGGACCUUGUGGACAACUUUUAAUCUCACUUUCUCUCUCUCUCUCGCGCGCUCUCACACACACACUGACACACACACACACUCACACACACACAACACAAACAAUAGAUUCUUACUUACACUUGAGAACAUUUAAACCCCGCUGGUCUGAUCUGGGACCGAUGGUGACCUUGAGCCAGUCUAAGAACUGAACUAACUAAACUCACGGGGUAUGUUUACAUGCACAGCAAUGCUGCGAUUACUAGUCUGCUAGAAGCUAGACUAGAUUGAUUUUCAUAGUUCAAAGAAAAUUAAUUUUCAUGGUUUACCUUGCCUGCAUCUUUUGGCGCCCAAUGUGGGGAAAAAAAAUUAAAGGAAACUCACAUCAUUUAUAAUUAAUUUGUAUUUUUAAUUAAAUUAAAUCUAAUUAAUCUCAUAAACACAGCCCCUUUAUGUGCCAGAGACUUUGGUUAAAAUGAAACGAUUGCUGUGCAUGUGGCGCUGCUCGCUGUAGAAACAGGAGGAGCAGAAGAUGUAGUCGGAGCUCCGGUGCCGUUUUAUUUUCGGUCCUGUGGUGUUGAACACUGCGGAAUAAUUAUGGAAAAGACUUUGCACAGAUCUGCAAACUUAAUAUCCAUCCCUCAGCUCUCCCACUUUACCUUGUUUGUUUGUUUUGGGUUCACGUGUAAAAAAUAUUUUCUAAUAAAACAUUUGGUAAUAAAAUCCUGAUUGCAUGUU